UCCUGUCUCUGAUACAAAGUCAGAUGAGACAUACAUAGUGAGUUGUGCCCUCCUCUCUAGCUAGCUCUGUAGAAGCUACAAGUUUAAGUACAGUAUAAAAGUAGCUUGCUAGAUCAUGAGUCUAAAAUCUAUUAAGUUCAAUAUAGUGGUAGUCAAAGCCAAUGAAUACACUAGUGUGCGUAAGCUGUCAAGAGUACUUGUUCCAUGAUCCCUACCAAUGUGACUGUGGAGACAGACUGUGUAGCAAGUGCUACAACUCUUAUGUUGAGAGCGGCCAGAAGAAGUUCAUCUGUUCAUCCUGCAAUGAAGAGAACAUCGUGGCCAACUGUUUCCGAGACAAGGCAGUGGAGUACGAGCUUCGGAACACCACCCUUAAGUGCCUGAACCAGUCCUGUCCCUGGGAGGGGGAGAGCAGGUUCUAUCAGGAGCAUAAGAAUUCGUGCAAGUUUGGAGCAGUACAAUGCACCAACUCAAUAUACGGCUGUAAAGAGGAACUAAUUAGGAGUCAAUUACAGGACCACCUCAACAAUAAAUGCAACUUUAACCCGAUCACUUGUCGAUGGUGUGGACAACGCACCCUCAAUGAAGACAUUCACAUUCAGAAGGAGUGUGAGAUGGCACUAGACUACUGCCCCAAUGGGUGUGGGGAGAGGUUACCUAGGAGAGAGAUGAUCAAGCAUACUAAAACAGUGUGCACUCACCAAGUAAAAGAAUGUGACUACAAGGACUUGGGGUGCACCUACAAGGGUACCAUCAAGGAACUAACGAAGCAUGCAAAGGAGUACCCCGCAUAUCACACCCAACUAACCUCAGACAACAAAACAGACGCUCUGAAGUCUGAAAUUAGCAAAAUUCGAUCUAAGGUGCUUUCACGACUACAACUAGCUGUGGUGAAAGCUGAGUCAGCAAUUAUCCAACUACAAGAUGGACUCAGUGAGGUAUCUCUGCUAUUACAAACACUUCAAGCAGCCAGUUACGAUGGAACAUUCAUUUGGAAUAUCCCUGAAGUCACUAGGAGAAGACAAGAAGCUAGAAAGGAAAAAACUGCUUCUCUGGAUGGUCAUUUUUUACAAACGCUUCAAGUUACAUUGCCCUCCAAACUAAAGCGAGCUAUGGAAGAUGAACUGCUUAAACUUAAAGUCGAUUUGAGACAUUUGGUCGAAGACUUGAGACCGCUGGCUGCUCAAUGGAGGUCACUAGGAGUGCAUCUUGGAGUGCCCCCUGAAGAGCUCGACUGCAUUGAGAGCCGAGUGGCCACUCCUGAGAACUGUUUCGCUCGAGUGCUGGAUCGAUUCCUCUCCACCCACGCACACACUGGCACUGAUGACAGGAGACUGUGUACAGAGGUCAUCAUUGAGGCUCUGAGAUUUCCGGCCAUAGCCAAGGGCAACCUCUCUAGAGACAUUGAGAGUGGAAAAAUCAAUCUUGUGUACACAGUACGUGGCCUUUUCCGAAUUCUAGGCUGUUGCACAGCUCAAUGGCAACAGUUUGCACUAGCACUGGGUAUAAGCUCUGAUUUCAUCGACAGUCUAAGAAUUGAGCAACAUAACGUGAGUCAGUACUUUUCAGACAUGCUGAGGUAUUGGCUGGAAAAUGGUGAGUGUUGUGUGGCUGAUUUGGUGGACGCUAUAAGGCAUCUGGAUCAUAGGAACCUUGCUGACAAGAUACAAGAACAGUACCGUGGGAAAUGUCUGGUAGUAAACGCACAAGAUACAAGAACAUAUCUUUGAAGAUACAUGCAAGAUAAUUGAAGUCACCAUGCAGAUCACCAAAAGACUAUGUCUAUAAUUAUAUGCAAUAAUUAUAUAAUUAUAACAU